CAAACAAGGCUUAAGAUUGUAACUGUGCUGCUGCUUUAUUUAUAAAGGUUCAGUUAAUGGUGAAAGAGUUCACUGACCUGAAAACGGAACUUCGAGAAGAAGACAAAGGAGAAGUGCUAGAUCUGUUCCCAUCCAGUUCAUCCACAAUUCAUCUUCGGGGUGUCAAUUCAGGCAUUGCUUUGCUUCGUCAAUUCCUCAAACUUGAUUAUUCCGGGAAGCAGCUUCAGUCCAGAUCUGGAAGCUGAAGAAGAAAGACGGAAUUACCAAGAAACCCAUCUGGGUAAUAAAAUAUAUUAUUUCCUGAGCUUUAUAUGGUUAAACAAUCAAGAAAGAAAAUGGUGGGAGGAAAUGGGAUGAUGAUUUAUCCAGUUCUAGGAUUUGCAUCAUGUAUUGCUUUAGUUUACAUGUCAUUUGGUGAUAUAAUGGUGGUGAAUCUUCAAAGAGGAGAAGAAAGCUUGUUGAGUUUUGUGAAGAGGAAUGGAACUCACUUAAUGGUUGAUGGUAAAGUGUUCUAUGUAAAUGGGUGGAAUUCAUACUGGUUGAUGGACCAAGCUGUGGAUCAUUUUUCCAGACCUAGAGUUAGAGAGAUACUUCAAAAUGGUGCAAAGAUGGGAUUAACCGUUUGUAGAACUUGGGCUUUCAAUGAUGGUGCCUACAAUGCUCUUCAAUUCUUUCCUGGUCGAUUCGAUGAGCGCGUUUUCAAGGCCUUGGAUCAUGUCAUUUAUGAGGCUGGAAGGCAAAAAAUCAGGCUGCUACUUUCAUUAGUGAAUAAUUUGAAUGCUUAUGGAGGAAAGUCUCAAUAUGUCAAGUGGGCGUGGGAAGAAGGUGUUGGUUUGAGCUCCUCAAACGACUCUUUCUUCUUCGACCCAUCAAUCCGUCAUUAUUUCAAGAGCUACAUCAAGGCUUUGUUAACAAGAAGGAACACCAUUACCGGAAUAGAGUACAGAAAUGACCCUACAAUCUUUGCGUGGGAGUUGAUGAACGAACCUCGUUGCAUAUCUGAUCCAUCAGGAGAUAGUCUUCAGGACUGGAUAGAAGAGAUGUCGAUGUUUGUGAAAUCAAUUGACAAUAACCAUUUGCUGACAGUGGGGCUCGAAGGAUUCUAUGGACCCAAAAGUCAGAAAGGGCCUAUAAUAAAUCCAGGGCCAUGGGCUGCUGAACUUGGAUCUGAUUUCAUCCGCAAUUCAAAACUCUCAACCAUAGAUUUCACAUCUGUACAUAUCUACCCUGAUCAAUGGUUUCAUUUUAAGCUAGAAUUUGAAGAAAAACUCAAAUACGUCUCAAAAUGGAUGAUUUCACACAUCGAAGAUGGCGAUAAGGAGCUAAAGAAGCCUGUGAUGUUUACUGAAUUCGGAUUGUCAAACCUGAAUAAGAACUUUAGGCAUCCGGACCGAGAGAGGUUCUACAAGACAGUGCUGGACAUUGUGUAUAAAUCUGCCUUGGAAAAAAAAUCAGGAGCUGGAGCUUUUGCUUGGCAAUUCUUGGUUGCAGGAAUGAAAGAGUAUAAUGAUGAUUUUGGUUUUGUACCUGCAGAGACUCCAUAUGCUAGUCGGUUGAUGACUGAACAUUCAUGUAGAUUGGCAUCAAUACAAGGAAUUCUAUCUUCACAGAAAGACAACUUGAAAAAUGUUUGUUCAGUCAGACAGUAAACCCUAAUAUUGACUGUCAAAGUUACAAAAAUGAAGCAUAUAUCGUGCAGGGAUUAUGCCUAGAUGAAAUUUAUUUUAUGCCAUAAAGAAUAAUUAUCUGUUGCCUUUGUUCUCUAGUCUUUUAUUCUUUCUGUAAAUUUGCAAAUUUCAUCAUACAGAAUGAGAUUAUACUUCAGUUGGAUUUACAAGUGUUGUUCA